AUGGCUGUCAAGAAAAACACAACCACCGCCACUGCAACAAAGGCACACAAGGCUGACAAGAAGGCUCCUGCCCCUGUCCAAAAGAAGGCCAUUGCUAAGGUCCAGAAGGACAUCAGCGACCAUGACGACAGCCAGUCCGAAGACGACAACGAGGAGGACGAGGAGGACCAGGAACAGGACGAGGAGGACCAGGAACAGGGCGAGGAGGACCAGGAACAGGGCGAGGAGGAAACUCAGGAGGACACUGCCAACGGCAACAGCGACGAGCCAGAGCCCUCCAAUGUCACCUUCAAGGACCUGGGUUUGAUGCAACCUUUGGUCGAUGCCUGCGAGCAACUCAAGUUCAAGGCGCCAACAGAUAUUCAGAAAGAGUCCAUCCCUUGGUCGCUGCAGGGCCGUGACAUCAUUGGUCUUGCCCAGACUGGUUCAGGAAAGACCGCUGCGUUUGCUUUGCCCAUUCUCCAGGCCCUCUGGAACAAUCCCUCCCCUAUGUUUGCCUGCGUCAUGGCUCCCACCAGAGAAUUGGCUGUUCAGAUUUCAGAGACAUUCGAGUCAUUGGGCUCGACCAUUGGAGUGCGCUGCUGUGUUAUUGUUGGUGGCAUGGAUAUGAUGGCCCAGUCGAUCGCUCUCUCAAAGAAGCCCCAUGUCAUCGUCUGCACUCCAGGACGUCUUCAGGACCAUCUCGAAAACACCAAGGGAUUCAGUUUGAGGACAUUGAAGUACCUGGUUCUGGACGAGGCUGAUCGUCUCUUGGACAUGGAUUUUGGACCUAUCAUUGACCAGAUUCUCAAGGUCAUCCCCAAGGAGCGCAACACAUUCCUAUUCUCAGCCACCAUGACGACCAAGGUCGCCAAGCUCCAGAGAGCUAGUUUGAACAACCCCGUCAAGGUCGAGGUCGCCACAAAGUACUCGACCGUUGCGACUCUGCUUCAGUACUACUUGUUCUUCCCACUGAAGUCCAAGGAUUCGUACCUUGUCUACUUAUUGAACGAGUUGGCCGGUAACUCGACCAUUGUCUUCUCCAGGACAUGUAACGACACCCAGAGAAUCACACUCUUGCUCAGGAACUUGGGAUUCCCUGCCAUUCCAUUGCACGGUCAGCUCAGUCAGGAGAAGCGUUUGGGAGCUUUGAACAAGUUCAAGUCUGGAAACCGGAAUAUUUUGAUCGCCACCGAUGUUGCUAGCAGAGGUUUGGAUAUCCCUUCGGUUGAUAUUGUCCUGAACUACGAUCUCCCCAACAACUCCAAGGAUUACAUUCAUCGUGUUGGACGUACCGCUCGUGCUGGUCGCUCUGGAAAGUCGAUUACAUUUGUGACACAGUACGAUGUUGAGGUCUACCAGAGAAUUGAGCAGGCCUUGAGCAAGAAAUUGGAGGAGUUCCCUGCAGACAAGGAUGCCGUCAUGUUGCUUCAGGAGCGUGUCGCAGAAGCCCAGCGGUUUGCCAUUACAGAACUGAAGGAGCAGCAUGCCAGCCGAGGCAAGGGUGGUCGUGGUGGCAACAAGCGUCUCUUCAACUCUGACGAUAAUGAUCGGGACGAUGACUCUGUGCAGGCGGGUGGAUACAAGAGCAAGAGUGGUGCUGCCCGAGGCAACAGACAAGGAAAGAAGAUGAGGAAGUAA